CGCUCUUGAUGCGCUCUGACAUUACGCACGCCUUCAUUCACACCGCCAAUAGCUCAACACGACAAGACGCGCAAGUGCGGAUACUUUACGGGGUUAGAAUAAUAUUAUUGCUUCAUACUUUUCAUUUUUAAACCGUGUAAAAAACAAACAAGGCUGAGUAAAGUAGACAGCAUAUCCUUGUCUUUGGCUUUGUUCCGUUUUCCCUUCUCAACAACCUAUUGCUAUGGCAUCUCUCACUCGAAGAGAGAAGGAGAGAUGUCCCACAGCAGGGAACCGAAGGUAUUGGACAGAUGCGCCUCAAUGUAAAUCAUCCAGAUUUUACUCUGAGACUGGGAGCGGUACAGUACUUCACGAGGACUGUCAAUCAACAGAUCGCCCCUCUCCAGAGGGUGCCGGGUCCAACACCGACCGUCAUGGAGUUCCGUGGCCAAAAACGGAUGUCCCAUCCCGAGGAGGACCUGGGAUUACCAGUGGAUUUGACACUGUUAGACCCCCCAUGGUGGGAAGUUGGAGCGUUCGGAAAUCUGACGGAAAAGUUAUUUGUGAGCAUUGCACCGCGACUGUGGCUGUACUAAAGAUACACGCACUGAGCCUCGUCAUUCCUCAAUAUAUCUCAUGCAAGGACUCCACCUUGUCAGCCUAUCUCCACGACAACCUCCAACCCCACAGUGGUACCAAAGACGUCUGGGCUGUGGAGGAGGAGCAGAGUGGCUGUGAUAUCUGUGGUGCCCACCUGAGCCAGCUGAAGCAGGAGGCCAUCCACCUGAUCCUAGCCAGGGAGGAGCGUGCCAAGUGGGCCACUCCAUCUCCCGCCAAGCCCCUUCCUGGAACCACCUCCACCAAAGCAGCACCAUCUAGCCCCCACCUCUCAGGCUCUGCCAGGACCCAUAGUUCCUCUGCCAAGCCCUCUCCUGGACCUCGAUCCACCUCCUCCACAGCACCAUCUAGCCCCCGCCUCUCAGGCUUCACCAGGAGUCAAAGCACCCAGAAGACCCACCCUAGGAGGAUCCUGAAGCCCACCCCAGCUGAGAUGGAUAGAUGGGUUGAGGAGCAGCAGCACCUAGCCUCCUCCAUAUCAAUGUCCAGCAAUAACGGAGUCACCAUCUUUCCCUACCAGUUUUCAGAGGAGUUCUCAGAGGGACCGAAUGAGACUGUGGCUGUCCAGAGCAGUUCAAUGGCUCCUGCAAUUUUGUCCUUUCUGGUCAGGGCAGCCCAGAAACUGAGCCUGACGUCGAGGAGGAAGGGCCAAAUGUCCGCCCCCUCUCCCGUGUCUCCUCACCCCCAUUACAGCACCUGCUACAGGGGCAUCAUCCAGAGGUCUCCACCCACAGUCCCCACCUGCCUCCUUCAAGCUGCCAACCAACUCAAAGAUGCACCCAACUUUGGCAAGGUGAAAGUGGUGCUGCGAGUCUGCCCCUCUCCCACCGUGCCCCCUUCCCAGCCCCAGCCCCCCAUUCUUAGGGUGGACCCAGCCAGGAGAAGGGUCACCAUGAUUGAUCCUACCACCACCCACAAUCAACAGCCACACUCCAACUCCACGCCGACACACGUUGGGGAAGCCAAGGGUCACUCUAAGACAUAUGUCUUUGACGCAGCCUACCCCCCAGCGUCAACCCAGGCGGAGGUGUGUGUGGGUAUUCUGCCUGACGUCAUCCGUUCUGUGGUCAACGGGGAAGACGGAUGUAUUCUGUGUUUUGGACAUGGUGAAGCGGGGAAGUCCCACACCAUGAUGGGUAGUGAUAGCAGCAGCCAGAGUUUAGGGGUCAUCCCGUGUGCCAUCUCCUGGUUCUACAGUCACACAGAGAGGAGGAGGGAGAGGACUGGGGCCAGCCUGGCUGUGUCUGUGUCCGCUAUGGAGGUCUGUGGGGAGGACGAGACCCUCAGGGACUUACUGUCAGGCAACCUCCAGGACAGCCCAUCAGCAGACCUUUAUCUCUUUGAGGACCCCAUCUAUGGAAUGCAGAUUCGGCACCACAGUGUGGUAUCUGCCCCCAACGCCGAGAGAGCUGCCUUCCUGCUGGAUGCAGCCAUCGCAUCGCGCCACCGUGCCGGCCGCCCGAUGAGUGGAGCUCGCGGUGACAUCACCACACCAUCGUCCUCCUCCAGCUCCCAUAUGUUUUUUACUCUGCACGUCCAACAGCAGCUCACAGAGGGCAGCGGCAAAGUACCAGAGGGUCAUAGCAGGUUGAUCAUGAUAGAUCUGGCUAACAGUAUAAAGGGGACCAGUAGAACCAGUGACAGCAGAGCUGGACGUCCUGAGUCUGAACUGGGCAGUGUUAUACUGGCCCUACUCAACAAUGGAAACAAAAACAUCCCCAACAGAGAUAGUAAAGUGACCAUGCUGCUACAGGAGUCUCUGGGUAAUAUUAACUGUCGUACGACCGUGCUGGCCCAUGUGACUGACUCACCAGAACACUUCCCAGAGACACUCUCCACUGUCCAAAUUGCCUCGCGCAUUCGCAGGACACAGAAGAAGGCAAACCAUUCAACAUCCUGCUCUCCCAGUGGUAGAAGUCUGAGUAGAGAGAGGAGUGGAGGGAGUAGUCCCUUCUCUCUCAGAGCAUUUCACUCUACCAAUGCUGUGGACUAUGACCUCAGUGACCUGCCCCUGCUCAGGCUCGGUGGUGACCUGCUGGAUGACCACUCCAGCAGCGACCAGUCCUGUGACACGGUCAUCCACAUCAACCCCGAUGGCUCGGUCCAGCAGCCUGGUGCGGAGCUGACAGAGCAGGGCCAGGGCCAGCCGGAGUUUAUCCCCAUUAUCCACUCUCUACACCAGAAUAAGGCUGAAGCGGAAUCGGAGGACGCUGAGCUUUCUGCUCUAAAGAAAGAGCUACUGCAGCACCUUCUAAACAUCAUGCCCAGACUGCAGGGAGAGAAGAAGAAGAAUGAGAGCAUCAUCCAAGAACAACUUUCUCAGAAUACAGCAGAAGUGGGCCAAUGUGAGAGGAAUUUAAGUCUUAAGUGUGACACGUUCGCAGAGCUGCAGGAGCGACUCGGGUGCAUCGACGGCAGCGAAACAGUUACCAAGUCAUUGUUAAAAGAACCUUCUGCCAUGACCGAGUCCCCUCCAGAACCCCAAGAUGGCUCAGGCAGAACUGAGGCUGAGGAAUAUACCUCCUUCUUGAAACUACUGAAUAUGAAGGUGAAGUGUUGUGAGCUUUCCAUUGUGGGUGAGAAAGAGAGCCUGGUGACAGAUGGCAGUCUUCCGGUCGACAGUUUUCAGAGAGAGGACUCUGGUCUGUAUGACUGUGAGGAGGGAAGUGCAGCCAGCUCCAAAGAGGACCAACCAAACCCCUGUGGCUCUAUCAGUAUACAUCCAGCCUGCCAGAACCAAGGCAACCCCUCUGAGUACAGCUUUCUGCCGCAGCACAGUGACAUCUACACUCAGAUCAGCCCUGUGCCAAGCUCUCAUCCUCCUCUGUCUCUUCUUCCCCUGUCUCUGGAGCCAGCUGGAUACCCAGGGAUGUCUGGCUUGCUGCAACACCAGACCAGGACAUCUCCGGCGGGCAAGAGCACUCCGAUAUCCCCCUCUCUCUCUCCAUCCCUCCUCUCCCCCUCAUCCUCCACCACCUCCUCCUUGGCUACCAGUGUUCUCCUAGGAGAGAUGAUCCUUCCCCAGCUUUCCAAGCUGCCUACUAUAGAGUCGGACCUGAAGGAGAUGAAGGCCACCAUCACGGUGAUGGUCCAGCAGCCGUUGGACCAGACGGGUCAGGAUGAGCUGGUGUUCACCAUGGUGGAGGAGGUGACCAUCAGCAGGGCACUGGAGAGAGGAGGCCGGGCAGGGAACAUCAUCAGGAUCAGGGAUGCCCACUCCUCCUCUGGCCAGGCUUCUUCAGGGUCUGUACUGGGUUCCCUUCCCAUCAGGAUUAUCAGUAACAUUAGUGAAGAUUCUACAGGUUCCACUAUCAAGGCCAUGGACCCUGUUACUACCACUAAGACCAUGGCUGUGGAAGUCAACACCAAACCCAAAGCCAUGUCUUCUCUCUCCAGGAUGGAGAACCGGGUCUUGCCCUCCUUUAUAAACCCCUCGCUCGCUGACCUCAGUAGGAGUAGUGAUGCGGAGGGGUUUCGUCAUCGCCGAGGGGUUUCUAACACCCGUUUCACGCGAGCGGAUGCUUAUGCUGAACCCGAGAAGAAAGAUCAUCUGAAAGGUUCAGGAAGUAAAACGGCGAUGGAGACAGAAGGUGCGUUCUAUAUUACUGAGAGGAAUCACGAGAAGAAUACCAACGAGAGUGUUUUGAUGCCUUUCCCAGGUCAAACUAAUAGUAUUGCAUCAUGUGACACACAUGCCUGGGAGGAGACCGGUUGCUAUGAGAUGAUGUCAUUAGAGAAUAGGGCCAGAGGGAAGAGUGGUAACCAAGCAGAAAGGAGCUAUCCCAGAGGAGGGGAGUUCACCACCUGUUCCCUAACCUGUUAUGACCGGGUCUUACCUGUUCCAUCUUCCCUAAUUACUCCAAAGUCACCAGGGGACAGUAGUGAAAGGAGCAUGAAUACACCAGAGAACUGUAUCCCUGGUUACCUUGCAGCUACCCACCACAGAACAGCCAGUCUACCAAGAGGCUGGCAUAAUAUCAACAAGCAGGAGAGCUAUGUAAUGAGCGAGGAGUAUAAAGACAAAGCCCCAGACUUUACAUCAUCCACCCCUGGUAGUCCCUGGGUGACCCUGGAGAAGAGGCCAUCCUCAGCCAGGCAGGGGAUCUUCUCCUGUGCCAGGGAGAGCCUCCCUCUCCCCUUCUCACCAGCUCGGAAGUACAGCCUGGAGCAGCAGCAGAGACAGAGAACUAGUAACAGUCCUCUCAGCACAGCCAGUAGUUCACCGUUGGAGCCCAUGCCAUCCGCUUGGAGUGUUAGACAUGAUAGCGGUAAGCUGGAAUCUCCCAUAGAGGAAAGCAGUAGGCUCUUCAGUGCUAAACUAGAGCAGUUGGCUAGCAGGACCAACUCUUUAGGUAGAAUACCACUGGAGUUCCACACUCUGGACCGAGGCAGUAGCCAAUCCUCUGUGAGCUCCUUGGGGAGCUCCAAGGGCUCCAAAGGGAGUUGGGAAGGGGAGUCCUGCCAACCCACCCUACCCCGGGCCAGCAGGAGCCCCAGGAGGGCCACUAGGUACAUUCCCUUGACUGACAAAAACACCCCCUACACAGCCCAUUCUCCCAAAACCAACAGGUCAACCUUUAUAACUGAGCCCAACACCACCACUUCCACAGCCCUCCAGUCUCCUAGAACCAGCCGAUCUAAGCUCUCCGCGGUGGGGAAACUGAUGAUGACCAGCCCUAAGGUCCGCCGGAUAUCCAUCCCCAGUACCAAGAACCUUAGCUUCUCUCCCAAGGCGUUCCGUCAGUCCAUCAACAGGAGCGCCAGUCUGUCCCCUGAUGGGAAGAGCCCUGAGCAUGGUCCACCCUGGUCCACCCAGUCUCUAAGCCGAAACCAGACCCCCUCGCCCCAGACCCUACCACCACGACUCAUAGCAAAGUCCCCCGUCCGGGUAAUCAACGGGCGCAUCUCAGAGCUCCUCCAGAUCGGCAGAGAGCCCUACCCCUCUGGCGGGGCCUCCGGAGGACUAGUUCUAGACAAGAUGGCAGCAGCGGCUGGAGCUGCCUGUAGAUCCAUGGGAGAGGUUCAUCCUGUUCACGCUGUACCCUCACCCUAUGCCAGGGUGACAGCGCCUCGCAGGCCCAACCACCUCAGCGGGCACGCCAGUGAUGUCACUAGUGUGUUGAGCGGGGAGCUGCCCCCGGCCAUGGGUAAGACAGCAUUACUGACCAAUAGGAACAGCGUGGUGAGCAGUGGCUAUGAGAGCAUGGUUAGGGACAGCGAAGCCACAGGUAGCAUUACCUCCAACAGAGACUCUAUCAGCGAUAAGAGCUGUUCUAUGAUCAGUGUGGCCCGAAGUGAGAGGAACCCCAAAAGGAGGAGCAGCAACGGUUCACACCCGCGGCAUCUGUCCAAUGACACGUGCCAAUCUCUGAGGAGGUCUGCCAGUGGGCCCAGGUCUCGCUGGGUAGACAGGGGCAUCUCAGAGGCCUACGAGAUCAAGGUCUAUGAGAUAGAUGACGUGGAGAGGCUGCAGAGGAGAGGAGGAGCAGGCAAACAGGGAAUAGUCUGCUUCAGUGCCAAACUCAAGUUCCUGGAGCACCGUCAGCAGAGGAUCGAAGAGGUGAGAGCCAAGUACAACAGCCUGAAGAGAGAGCUGGUGCUGGCCAAACAGAAUCUCAUGCUGGAGCCAGGGAAAUGGAACCAAGAGUUUGACCUGUGGCAGACGUUUGAGGUUGACUCUCUGGAACACCUGGAAGCGUUAGAGGUGGUCACGGCAAGGCUGGAGAGCAAGGUCAACCUCUGCAAGGCCAACGUCAUGAUGGUCACGUGCUUCGACGUCGCCACCAAGCGCCGGCAAGCGCGGAGACGCCGCCGGACGGAACAGCAGCAAGGAUUCAUGGGAAUUUAGUGUCAUUUUGUUCCCAUUGUUGUUAAUAGAUGUACAGAGAGAGAGAUUUACAAAGAAAGAGAAAAAGAGAUGUAGAGAGAGAGAAGGCCAUUAAUGGGAUACCACCGUUUUUUAUGCUUAUCUGAAUUCCACUUGGAAAACAUACACAGGUAUUUGUAUUUCAACUCCCUAACAGUAGUGAGAAGUAUCACUCAGUGUUGACUUCUCCUGAAUACGAGGGAGUGGAAUCAACAUCUCUGAAUACCACAGAGCACUCUCACUCCGAAAUGGUGUAUGCUCUUCUGACACACGAUACAGGUCAAUAUUCACCGUUACAGUGGGUAUCAGAAGUAUUCACCCCCUUGAAUUUUUCCCCACAUUUUGUUACAUUGCAAAGUGGGAUCGAAAUGGAUUGAAUUGAUUUUCACAAAAUAAUCCAUAAUGUUAAAGUGAAAAGAAAAUACUGCAAAUGUUUACAAAUGACUACAAAUGAAAUAACUGAAAUAUAGUUGCAUAAGUAUUCACCCCCUUUGUUUAGGCAAGCCUAACUGAGUUCAGUAGUCAAAUUUGGCACAGCAAAUCACAUAAGAUACAUGGACACAGUAUGUGCGAAAGAGGAAUUGACAUUGACAUUUUUAAUGACUACCCCUUCCUCUGCACCAACUCAGUGGCCUCGCUAUAGAAACAGAAGAUAGGGUCCUGCCCUAUGAGCUGUUUCGUCUCGCACAAGGUAAGGCUACUUACUACCCCUUCCUCUGUCCCCCAUACAUACAAGCACUUCGCUACACUCGCAUUAACAUCUGCUAACCAUGUGUAUGUGACAAAUAAAAUUUGAUUUGAUCUGUAAGGUCACUCAGUCAAGUAUUGAAUUUCAAGCACAGGUUCAACUACAAAGUCCAGUAAGCUUUUCAAAAGCCUCGUAAAGAAGGGUAGUGAUUGGUAGAUGGGUAACAAUAACAAAUCAGACAAUGAGUCCCUCUUUAAGCAUGGUCAAGUUAUAAUUAUGCUGUGGAUUAUAUAUUAAACCACGCAGACACAUCAAAGAUACAGUCGUCCUUCUGAACUGAGCUGCAGGACUGGAAUGAAACUGCUCAGGGAUGUCACCAUGAGGCCAUUGGUGAUUUUAAAGGAAUACACUUUUUGGCCUAAAUGCAAAGCCUUACGUUUGGGGCAAAUCCAACACAACACAUCACUGAGUAACUGCCUCCUUAUUUUCAAGCGCAGUGGUGGCUUCAUCAUGGUAUCACCCGGGUAUACUUGACAUCGGGCAAAGACUAGGGAGUUUUUCAGGAUACAAUUUUGCUGUGUAGCCAUGACCCCAACACCUCGACAGAGCUUGAAUAAUUUUGAAAAGAAUAAUGGGAAAAUAUUGCACAAUUCAGGUGUGUAAAGCUCUUAGAGACUAAGCCAAGCUGACUCACCUUUGUAAUCACUGCCGAAGUUGUUUCUACCAUGUAUUUAGUCAGGGGGUGAAUACUUAUCUAACGUAUAUGAGUGUUACAUUUUUAACACACACACACACACACACACACACACACACACACACACACACACACACACACACACACACACACACACACACACACACACACUCCAUGAUGUCUGUUUUAUGAAUCCUAUUUACAGUAUCAGCAUGUUGUAUGCCAACUCUUUACAAGCUACGUCUUCAUAUUUCUCUGUACUUAUUAUGGUAUUGCUAUGCAGCCCCCUACUGUAUCCUUUUAACUUCAAUGACAAAGGAUAAACUGUCCUAAAGUGGUCGUGUA